UCCAAAGGAAUAGCUAUUCCUCUUAGUCUUUCCGGUGGGAAUAAGCACUCCGUUUAAUUUGCCUCAAAGGCCCUCGAUGCCUCUCGACUCACGACCUCUUCGUCAAGAACCGUGACCGCUUGAAGAAGAAGAGCUCGAAGAUCGUCUUCCUCCGACUGCAACUCGUCCGUCUUCCAACCAGAUCAAAUACUAUUGACAAGAAGAACGGCCAAUCCACCAAUCUACUCCAGUUCUUACAAGAUUGACAUUUCCGGUGGUUGAUGUAAGCAAACAAGAUGGACAAAUCUGGGCUCAAAAUGGCUUUUGGAUGGCUAAAACAACGUAGAGGAAGAAUGAAGGGAAUAUCUGAGGCAGGCGAGGGUGUUUGCUUCGGCCGAUAUGCUCUGCAGGCACUUGAACCAGCAUGGUUAACAGCGAAACAGAUAGAAGCAGGACGGCGAGCAAUCACGCGGAACGUGCACCGCGGCGGCGGAAAAGUAUGGGCGCGUACAUUUGCCCACAAGACGGUUACAGGAAAACCCGCCGAGACGCGUAUGGGGAGAGGGAAAGGAGGUGUCAAAUAUAGCGUUGCUGUAGUUCAACCGGGCAAAAUCCUUUACGAAAUGGGCGGAGUCGCCGAAAAUAUUGCCAGAAAGGCCGUUUUAGUUGCGGCAUCCAAGAUGCCCAUACGGACUCGAUUCAUUGUUGACUCCCUGACACCCUCAAGAGGCAGUGGCUCGAAGCAUUAAGAAAUGGUGCAAGGUAUGCAAUUAGAAGUCAGAGAGAGGAAAUUUUGAGGAAGUCUUGCUACAUGAGUGGAAUAAAUUGAAUUGUGAAAUUAUGAAAUCUUAAAUUAGUAUUACACUUCUUUUUUUAAUGGGAAUGGGAUAUCACAUUGCAUACAAGUU